UUUCGCUCCAUCUUCCCUUAUCCAUCUCGCCAAUAUAUAAAGCACCGGCUACAAAACUAGGGUAUAAAAGCCCCAAUUUAUUCUCCCUCCUCUGGCUCCUCUCUCAUAUCUCGCUGAGCUCUCAACUAUUGACGAAUGGCGACUUUUGAGCUUUACAGGAGGUCAACAAUCGGUAUGUGUUUGACUGAAACAUUGGAUGAGAUGGUCGAUAAUGGAGUCCUUAGUCCCGAGCUUGCAAUUCAAGUCCUUGUUCAGUUUGAUAAGUCAAUGACCGAAGCUCUGGAAAGCCAAGUUAAGAGCAAAGUGUCUAUCAAGGGACACCUGCACACCUACAGGUUUUGCGACAAUGUCUGGACUUUCAUCCUACAAGAUGCAGUCUUCAAGAAUGAGGAUUCCCAAGAAACAGUUGGUCGGGUUAAGAUAGUGGCGUGCGACUCGAAGCUUCUCACACAAUGAGUUGUCUUGGCUCAUCAGUGAGGCUCUAGGCCGGGCUGUACUGUCUACCCACUGCUGGCCAGGGAGUAUAGAAGAGUGAGAGCUAAACUGUAGUGAAGAAUAUGAAUCUAUUAAAUCCAAGAAAGACUCAAGACAGACGUAUGUAUAACCAUCGACUUUAAACCUUCAGCAGUUUUAUAUAUUUAAGUUUCUAUUGUUACUAAUUUCUGUUUCAAUUGAUUUUAUAUGAUCAGCUCACAAUAGCUGAGAUAUUUUUCAUAAUUUUCAAGUUCAACAUUAUUCUUUGUA